AUGGAAGUGGAUACGGGAGCUGCGGUGUCAAUUAUGCCAGAAAGCGUCUGGAGGAAAUUGUCGUCAACAAAACCAGUACGAAAGUCCAACGUUAAAUUGCGAAGUUAUUCCGGACACGAAAUUCCGGUGUUGGGUGAAAUUGAUGUGGGCGUGGUGUAUGGGAACCAAAAGGCUCAUCUACCUGUUAUAGUGACUAAUAAUGAAGGCCCUGUUCUAUUAGGUCGCAACUGGUUGUCGGUGUUAAAGCUGAAUUGGAGUCAAAUAAAGAAAGUUUCAGUUAAGCGGGUCAACAAUGUGGAGCAACUAACUAGUCAGUAUUCCUCGUUAUUUGAUGAUUCGUUGGGUACGGUCAAAGGAGUGAAGGCACAUUUAAAGAUGAAGCCAAACGCGACGCCCAAAUUUUUCAAACCCAGACCUGUUCCAUUUGCUCUGAAAGACAAAAUCGGCGAGGAACUAAACCGGUUGGAGGAACUCGGGGUGUUGGAAAAGGUCGAGUUCUCUGAGUGGGCAACUCCAAUUGUGCCAGUAUUGAAACCAGAUGGAAGUGUACGGAUAUGUGGGGAUUAUAAAGUCACCAUUAAUCCCUGUCUUGAUGUGCAAGAAUAUCCAAUGCCUACUGCUGAGGAAUUAUUUACAAAACUAAACGGGGGCGAGAAAUUCUCGAAGAUUGAUCUAUCAUCCGCGUAUCAACAAGUUCUUUUGCACGACGAGUCAAAGCCAUAUGUUACGAUUAACACUCAUUUGGGGCUAUAUCGGUACACGAGAUUGCCUUUUGGAGUAGCCUCAAGCCCAGCCAUUUUCCAAAAGACUAUGAACGUGGUGUUGAAUGGUCUACAAGGAGUUGGAGGUAUUCUUGAUGAUUUGAUCAUUACGGGCAAGAAUGAUGAGGAACAUUUGCGAAAUCUCAACAGCACUCUUAAUCGUCUUCAGAGUAUGGGAAUUCAGCUGAAGAAAUCAAAGUGUGUGUUCCUGCAACCCUCAGUGGAGUAUUUUGCAUUUGUGGUGGAUCGACAAGGAAUCCAUCCUUCGCCUCGUAAAGUUCAAGCCAUUCGGGAAGUUCCAAUUCCAGAAAAUCCAACAGAUUUAAAGUCAUUCUUAGGAUUAGUGAACUAUUAUCGCAAGUUCAUUCCGGAUAUGGCAACUUUGGUAAAUCCUCUUAAUCGGUUGCUAUCCCAAGAUGUUCCUUGGAACUGGUCCGACGACUGUCAGAAGGCAUUUGCAACUUUAAAGUCAGCUUUGGAGAAGUCACCAUUGUUAACACAUUAUGACCCCAAGAAAUCCGUGAGACUAGCUGCUGAUGCAUCGUCCUGUGGAAUAGGAGCUGUACUAUCGCAUGUAUCUGAUGAUGGAGAAGAACAACCAAUAGCUUAUGCAUCUCGAACACUCUCCGCUAGUGAACAAAAUUAUUCUAUGAUCGAAAAAGAGGCCUUGGCAAUAAUUUUUGGAUUGAAGAAGUUUCACCAGUACCUAUAUGGACGGCGUUUUUCGUUAAUAACUGAUCACAAGCCUCUCACAUUGAUUCUGGGACCUAAAUGUGGUGUUCCUGUGUUAGCAGUAUCACGUCUGCAGAGAUGGGCGAUUCAACUUGGGGCGUAUCAAUAUGAUAUCGAAUAUCGAACUUCCAAGAAUAAUGCUAAUGCUGAUGCGUUGUCCCGGUUGCCGAGGAAAGUUGUGGAAGAGCCAGAUGGGUGGACUUCAGAAGCUGAAGAAGUAAAUCGAGUUCAACUGGAACGGGCACCGAUUUCGGUUUGUAUGAUCCGAGAAGCUACGCAAAAAGAUCCUGUUUUGUCACGCGUGGUUUAUUUCUUGUUGCAUGGUUGGCCAGAGGAAGGUAGUUUGCAUGAGGAACUUCGAUUUUACUUCACCAAGCAAGACGAAUUUACUGUAGAAGAAGGCUGUCUUCUUAGAGGAACCAGAGUGGUGAUUCCAACUAGAUAUCAAGAGCAAGUGUUGAUGGAGUUACAUAUGAAUCAUCCAGGAAUGGUGCGAAUGAAAUCUUUGGCACGUUUACAUGUGUGGUGGUCAACAUUGGAUCAAGACAUUGAACAGACUGUCAGAGAUUGCACCAGUUGUCAAGCUAACCGUUGUAAGUCCCCCUUGAAGGUGAGUAAUCCUUGGAUUUGGCCUGUGCGUCCAUGGCAAAGAAUUCAUAUAGACUUUGCGGGUCCAAUGGAUGGUGUGAUGUAUUUAGUGGUGGUAGAUGCCAAGUCUAAAUGGAUUGAAGUCCUAUCAAUGUCAUCAACUACCGCUGCUGCCACGGUUCAAGCGUUACGUUUCCUGUUUUCAGUUCAUGGUCUACCCGAAGAGAUCGUGUCAGAUAAUGGUCCUCAAUUUGUGGCGGAGGAAAUGAAAGAGUUCUUAAAGUUGAAUGGAAUUCGACAACGUUUAUCAUCGCCGUAUCAUCCAGCUUCAAAUGGUGAGGCAGAAAGAGCAGUCAGAACGUUUAAAGAUGCCAUGAAGAUUCGUAAGAAGGAAGAGGGAUCUGCUGGGGAGAAAUUGGCACGUUUUCUUUUGGGAUAUCGCACGACUCCACACACUGCUACGGGUUGCACGCCAGCUGAAAUCCUGAUGGGUCGAAGACUCCGAACCCGACUGGACAUUUUGCAUCCUAGUUUGUCUGCUAAGAUGGAGCGAAAAUCUAAAGAUUUACCACAAACUCCACUGCGUAACUUGGAAAUUGGAGAUCCAGUAAUGGUGAAAGACUAUCGACCACGAAAGGAUCCAUGGAUAAAGGGAGUGGUUCAAAUGAAGUUAAGUCCAAUUACUUAUAGAGUUCAGGUUGGUGAUCUGUUUUGGAAACGACAUGUGGAUCAAUUACAAAGUCUCGCCGGAUCAACUGCAGCUGAUGUUAUGUCACCACCAACUGCUUUAUCUUCAACGCCGGAAGUCAGUGUGGCAAGUAAUGGUAACCCAGGACAACCCAUUGAGCCAAGUCCCACUACCACCUUAAUCCCGAAAACCGACUCACUAUCUCCAGUUCCACUACCAACAUCAACGAAUACAGAAGAACCUAUUACUGGUAUUUUAAACGGUGGGGAAAAACUUUCAAGUACUCGCAGGUAUCCAAUUCGUAUUCGCACUAAACCAAAACGUUUAAUAGAAGAAGUAUAA